UUCUCUCUCCCCUCAUCACCUCUUUCUCUCUCUACAACGAUUACUCACUGAAACUCAUUCCAUUUGUAGAGAUGCACGCAUCAUCUCGCUACUAAAUUGAGCUAGUGCAAUGCCAUAAUUUUGCUGCGCGAAUAGGAAAUCGUAGAUUGAGCAGGGGCGGAGGGCUCGCCGUAUCAAUGAGCUGCUUUUUCAGCUGUUUUCGCGUCAAAGACUCCGCCGAUAAUCUCGUUAAUCCUUCGCCGGAUCCGUGCAGUAAAAAUGCGCUGUCGUCGCUGUUCCAGUGUGAUGGAGAGGAGUGUCAGAAUCGGUUGCCUGCAGAAAUCAAUAUCAAAGAGUUCAAGGAUGAGAAACUGGAGAUGCAAUCUAAUGAAUCUUCUGCACUUGCUGGAUCAUGUGUUCUCUUGGACUCUCCAAGCAGCUGCAUGACUGAUGGAUAUUACACCGGUAGAGAAUCGAGCAGCUUGAUCCAAAGAAGUGAUACUCAUUAUGCAGCUGAAAUUCAUUCUGAACAAAGCAAAAAUGAAUGUGUUCAAUCUCACCAUACAUCAGAUAGGUCGGCUAUUUCAUCAAUCUUUUCAGAGCUAUCUGGAUCAGCUGGAGCUCGUGGUGCAACAAAGCCGUUACCAUAUCCAAAGAGGGAGGAGGAAGAAUUGGGGGAUGAAGAUUCAGCUUUCAGUCACCAGGGACAAGCAAACAAGCAAAAGAAUGUAGAUCCGGUUAUUGAAGAGGAGGAGGAUGGUGAAGGAAGCUUAACUUCUUGGUUCAAGCCAAUUUCAGCCAAGCGAGAUGGUAGUAACAAACAACUUAGUUCCAUUUCCAGUCAAAGUAGGAAACCUCCUGCAGAUAGGCCUAUUCUGGGAACGGUUGCAGCUCAUUGGAACGAUGUUGAACUUGAGGUGCCUAAUGAUCCGCCUAAAUGGUGGGAUGGGAAUGGAAUUCCAAAUUCUACUAACAAGUACAAAGAGGAUCAGAAAGUCAGUUGGCACGCGACUACUUUUGAGGAGAGACUAGAAAAGGCACUGUCUGAAGAAUCUUUGAUUUCUCACAAGAAGACUACCAACACAACUCCUCCAUUUGAGCUCAAUGAAGAAUCUGAUACCGCAACAUCACAUUUCCAAUCUUCACCGCUUCCCGGAUCUGUUGUCUCAUUCUGAUGAAACUCCCUCGUGCCAUUUUGUCGUGAGUCGAUCAUUGUAUGGUGCUGAUGAUGUUUACUUCAUGAAACCCAUUUUCUGAGUGGAUGUUAGCAACUUUUAUUUCCAGAAAAAAUAGCUGAAGUUGCUACUCUCUGCCAUUGUAUAUAGACAACUGUGGCCUUUUUUUCUCUGAGUUUUUGCUCAUUGUUUGGAUUGAUCAAUUGGGAUAUAUUGGUGAUUUGGCCAUUAGAUUGCUCU